UUCAAAUGUGUAUGCUUUGAAACGUAUAAACUAUAGAUUUUAAUUUGUUUUAAUUAUUUUAGAAAAAAAAAUGUCUAAAACACAAGAUGAUCAAUAUAAAACAAUUUGCAAUACUAAAACAUUACAAUCUCAACAAAGAGGAUUUUUCUUAGAAUUCGCUCAUCAAAUAUUAAAAGCAGGUGGAGAUGAGUGGCUCAAUACGGCAUUCGAUAAAAUAAAAAAUGAUCAUGAUCGUAUUCAACAUAUUUUCAAAGAACAUGAAAUCAAAACGUAUGUUUGUGAAAUGUUAAAACAUGUCACACAUUUGUAUCGACAAAAAAAUGCAAAAAUAUCACAAGAUAGACGUCUUCAGGCUGAAAAAAUUUAUGAAUUUGAGAAAGAUUUACAAAAGGCAAACAUGAUUUUUGGACAAGCAGUGUUACGAGCUCCUUCAAAAGAAGUUGAUAUCCAUGUUGACGGAGGUUUAAGUUUAGCAUUUGCACUUUGGAAACGAUCAGAUGUUUUAUUAGAGUUAAAGGAGUACGCUAAAGCUCUCUCGGAUUUACAACUUGCACUCAAAGAAGGCUUACCAGCUAAACAUAAGGCGGAAUUAUAUUGGAAAAUGGCUAGAUGUUAUAUGGGAAUGGGAGAAUUGAAAAAAGCUGAAGUUUCAUAUACUCUAGCAGAAAAAUUAGAAACUGAUAAUGAUAAGAAAACGGCAUUAAAAAAAGAAAUUCAAGAAAAGAGUAAUAUAGAUCAAAAUUUGAAAAAACCUGAAGAACCCAAAAUAAAAGGAGGAUCAAAUAAGAAAUAUAAAAAUGCAUCGAAGUUAAUUCGCCUUCUGGAAACUCCUAAAUUAGGUCGACAUUUUGUGGCCAAUGCAGAUAUAGAGACCGGUGAUACCUUAUUAGUCGAGGAACCAUAUGCUGCAUGUUUAAUGCCAGAAUAUGCGGGAUCUAACUGCCAUAAUUGCUUUAAAAGAAUAGUAGCACCUGUUGGAUGUCCACAAUGUUCUGGAAUUGCCUUUUGUAGUACAAGUUGUCAAGAGAUUGCUUGCAAAACGUAUCAUAAAUAUGAAUGUAAAAUUAUGGACUUUCUAAUUGGUUCUGGUAUGAGUGUAUUAUGUCAUUUAGCACUACGAAUGAUUACCAAACAUGGUUUAGAGCAAUGUUUGGAAAUGUAUAAGAAUAAGGAUAAAUUACCAAUAUACAAAUUGUGUACGUUAAGUAAACAGCGUGAUUCGAAAGAUUUUUUGUAUCGAACGUUAAUGGCUGCAUUUAUGUUACGUUGUUUACAAGUUGUCGAUUUUUUCCCAAAUAAAAAUAUCAAUGAAGUUGAGCCCACCACAAAUGAAUUACAAAUAGCCGAACUUUUAUUGUUACAAUUACAAUUUUUACAAUUUAAUGCACAUGAAAUUAUGGAACCAAGAGAAACUGUAAACAAACAAACAGUUAAAGAACAGCCAGUUGCGAUUGCAGUUUACCCAACAGCUUCGUUAUUUAAUCAUGACUGCCAUCCUUCUGUUAUAAGAUAUUUUCACGACAAUAAAAUUGUCCUAGUUGCAAGUAGAAUUAUAAAACCUGGUGAAAUGGUAUCAGAAAAUUAUGGUCCAAUGUUUACACGGAUGCCAAAAGAACAAAGAAGUCGUAAUUUAGAAUCACGUUAUUGGUUCAAGUGUGAAUGUCAAGCAUGUAUUUUAGCAUGGCCAAUUCUAUCAGAAAUCGAUGACUCAUUUGCACAAUUAAAAUGUCCAACAUUAAAUUGUACAGGAAUAUUCAUUUUACCCGAUGUCAGUGGUAAAUGCCGUAAAUGUGGUAAUGAACCGAAUUUAGAUGAUGCAUUAAUUCAAUUAACUGAAAGUGAGAAUAAAUACCGUCAAGGGUAUGAUUUCAUGAUGGAAAAAGAUUUUGAAAAUGCAAUUAAAGCUUUCACUGAUGGUUUAAAUAUGUUUUAUAAGAUUGGAGCACCACCGCAUAUGGAAACCCACAAGGCUGAAGAUUAUUUAAAAACAUGUUAUUUAAGACAAUUAAAUACUAUUGUUGCUUAAUAUUUUUGUUAAAUAUAU